CCACAUACCCAACCUCUUUGCCUGCCUCUCUUCGUGCUUGUAUGUAACACAUUGUGAAUUUAAAUUAGAGUAAAAGGCUUAAAUUUAUCUCAAGAUAAAUGUCUUUAAGUUAGCUUCUGACUUGUAGAGUUUGCUGUUACAAAGUUUUGUACUUCCUUUGUAAACAAUGAAAGAAGAACGAAUAAGAACGAAUAAGAAAUCAUGUGUAACUCUAAUAGACCGCAGAAUAAUCAAAAGUGAACCUUAUGUUAUUGAAGAUGAAUUAAAGCUGAGGCUAUGUGGGGAAGAGUUGAGUGGAGCAAUAGAGGAGGAAGAGCAGAAUAUGAUCGUUGAUGCAAGUGCAACUCUUGCCCCGCUACGCAGGGGAAUUGAUGAUUCAAUUGACCAAGAUGCCUUCUUCAAAGCUAACAUGCAUGAGAAUUUUGGAGAUAUUGGAAUGAAUAUCAAACGAAUGGUGGAUGACUUCCAGCAAGUUGCAAAGAGCAAUCCAAAUAUUCAAACGAUAGAAGAGAUGGCCAAAUUUGUAGAUAACUAUCCUGAGUACAGAAAAAUGCACGGGAAUGUUUCAAAACAUGUUACAUUGGUCACUGAAAUGAGCAAGAUAGUUGAAGAGAGAAAGCUUAUGUUGGUUUCAGAAACAGAGCAGGAGUUGGCCUGCAAUGGUGGGCAAGCAGCAGCUUUUGAGGCAGUGACAAAUCUUUUAAACAACGAAAGCAUAUCUUAUAUUGACCGUCUACGCCUUGUAAUGUUGUAUGCUUUGCGUUAUGAAAAGGAGAUCCCUGUGCAGUUGAUGCAGCUAUUCAACAAACUUGCUUCUCGGUCUGCCAAGUACAAGCCUGGGCUUAUGCAAUUUCUCUUGAAGCAAGCCGGUGUUGAUAAACGAACAGGUGAUCUUUAUGGAAAUUGUGAUCUUCUGAAUAUUGCUCGUAACAUGGCUCGUGGGUUGAAGGAUCACCUAAGCGAAACAGAUGAUGAUGAAAGAACACCAACUGGGUAUGCAACCCAGCCUGAACAGUUCCAAGUUCCAACAGGAACAAGAUCAAGACCUUCUAGACCAUACAAUUCACAGCAUGAACGACCUGAAAGGUCAACAGAACCUGCUCGGACUACCGAGCUCGAAGAGAGAACCAGAGUUCUCGAAAUGGCAAUGGGAAAAAUCCUUGCCCGUCUGAUUCCUGAUGACCCCUUGAUUCCCUUGUUGAACAGGGAUGCACAAUCAGCUGCGGUUGUUGCAACUCGAAACUCCCCCGCUCUAAGCAACAUAGCGGUGCCAACAAGGCCAAGGGGAAGUGGAAAGCUAAAUAUCGAGCCCAGCUCCUCCAAGCACAGCGAAGAACUGUUGAAGAAGAAUGCAGACCUUGAAAGGCAGCUACGAGAUGUACAAAAGUCUAUAGACGAGCUGAAAAGUCCCAGGUCGUAUCAGCAAACUCUUGAUUUAGAUAGCGCCCCAUUGAACCUAUCAAUCACAGCAGAACCGUAUCAAGAGGGAUUCAGAAUUCCCCAUUUAGAGACGUAUGAUGGCUCGGGCGACCCGGAUGAACAUCUGCACACUUAUCAAGCCAUCAUGAGAAUCCAAAACGCCAAUGACGCCAUGAUGUGCAAAGUGUUCCCAGCGACACUUAAGACAACAGCCAGGAGAUGGUAUCACAAACUUCCCAGACAUUCCAUAGACUCGUACUCCCAGCUCGCCAAGCUAUUCUCCAACAAGUUUGCGAGCCAAAGGGAGAUUAAACGUACAGCGACUGAACUAAUGCAGGUUCAUCAAAAAGAAGGAGAGUCUUUGAGGGACUACAUGCAACGAUUCAACAAAGCUACUUUAGACAUUGAUAACGUCCCUGAUACCAUUUGUUUAUCUGCCUUGUUGCAUGGCCUGAAGCCUGGCCGGUUUUUGGAUGACCUGUUGGAGAAUCCACCCAAGUCAUGGAAUGAAGUAAAUGACAGGUCGGCAAGCUUCAUACUGUCCGAAGAUUUUCAAUCUUCUAAGCGAAGGGCUGAUGACAGGCAAGGAAAAGAGCCCAAGCAGCCUGAAAACAGAGAUGACAAGAAGAAACAGAAGGUUGGUGAGCAGAGAGGGAAACCACCUUCAUACCCAAAAUAUGACAGCUACAUUCCCCUGAGCUCGUCACGAUCCCAGAUAUUGUCGCAGAUACAGCACUGGGUCAAUAGGCCCCCUCCACAAACGCAUGAUUCUUCACGAGCUGACAGAAGCAAAUACUGCGACUAUCACCGUGUCUACGGCCAUAACACAGAAGACUGUCAGAGUCUGAAGGACGAGCUCGAAUUCUUGGCUCGCAAUGGAAAGUUGGAGGGGUAUGUGCAGAAGCCUUUUGUUCGGCAACCCACUCAGACCCAUUUUGUACAAGAGUACGGCCGACCUCAAGCAACUGGGUAUCAGCUCGGCAGUAAUCCGAAUUCCUACCAGACAGGUCUGUACUCGUUUGAGCCGAACAGGGCGUACAGAGGACGCCCGUUCAAUAGGCGUGGGCCAGGACAGAAAGCACCUACGCAGAACCAAAAAGACCACAGAGGAGUCGGGUACGGUGGAAUACCCCCACCAUCUGGCACAAUCAAUAUGAUCUCUGGUGGUAUACAUGCAGGAGGUCAAAGCGCCCACGCCCGCAAGGCGUACGCUCGCCAGGUGAUGGCAGUAAAUAAGAACCGGCCUCUUAAGCGUCCAUUUGAGGGGGCAGAGUGGGAGAAUGCGGCCAUAACGUUUAGCCCGGCAGAUUACCAGCGAGCUGGAGAGCCUGACGUCGUGAUGCCUUAUGCGGAUCCUUUUGUAGCAACAGUCCAUAUAGGCAACCAUAACGUCAAUAAGGUCUUCAUUGACACUGGGAGCUCGCCUGAUAUCCUGUAUUGGAGCUGCUUCCAAAAGAUGCAGCUGAACCCCAGCUCGUUACAAAAAUAUGAAGGGCCUAUUUAUGGAUUCGACAAUCAACCUGUCCCAGUGGAGGGAGUAAUUACACUUCCCAUUUACGUGGGCUCGGAACCACGCUUUAGGAUGGCUUCAGUCAGCUUCCUGGUCGUUAAAAUGGAAUUAGCCUUCAACGCCAUACUAGGAAGGGCUACUCUGUGCGAACUGAAGGCUGUUAUCUCACAACCCUAUCUCUGCAUGAAAUUCCCAACACCUCAGGGGGUGGGAGUGCUGAAGGGCAAUCAGAAGAUGGCUAGGGCAUGUUAUCAGGAUACGUUUAAGAAGGUUGAGCUCGCUGUAGCCCUAGGAGGAUCUGAAAGUAGUAGGCCGACUCAGCCCGGCCAGCAGACAAUGAGCAUAUCAGACAUUGAACAUAGACCUGAGGGUGUCGAGCAGAAAGCAGAGCCGGUAGAGCCAGUGGAAACCGUUCCUUUAAACCCUGAUGUGCCGGAAAGAACAGUAAAGAUAGGCACCAAACUCACAGAAGAAGAACGAGCAGAGCUUCUAGGGUUUUUGAGGGUCAAUCAAGAUGUGUUCGCGUGGACUACUGAUGAAAUGCCCGGCAUCCCGGCGGAGUUGACAGUCCACAAACUCAGCACAGAUCCCACCAGAAGGCCGGUGGUGCAAAAACGUCGCCUUUUUGGCCCAGAGAAACAAGCCGCCAUAGACGAGGAGAUACAAAAGCUGUUACAGGCUGGAUUCAUUAGAAGAGUGGAGUACUCUGAAUGGGUGUCCAACCCUGUGCUCGUCAAAAAGCCAAAUGGCAAAUGGAGGAUGUGUAUUGACUUCACCAACCUCAAUGAUGCGUGUCCAAAAGACCCUCAUCCCUUGCCAAACGUCGAGAAGUUAGUGGAGCGGGCAGCUGGGCAUGAACGGAUGAGUUUUCUUGACGCCAGCUCGGGCUAUCACCAAGUUCAGUUGCUGUUAGACGAUCAGGAGAAAACAGCUUUCUACGUUGGUGACGCUAUCUAUUGUUAUGUGAUGAUGCCAUUUGGCCUGAAAAAUGCUGGCGCUACAUAUCAGAAGUUGGUGCAAAUCAUCUUUAAGCUCCAGAUCGGUAGAAACAUAGAAGUGUAUGUAGAUGACAUGAUAGUAACCAGCGAGCGAGCUGAGGACCAUAUAGAUGACCUGAGUGAGACCUUUCAAAAUCUGCGCCGAGCCCGAAUGAAGCUGAAUCCCAUGAAGUGCACGUUUGCUGUAGAAUCAAGAAAAUUCCUAGGGUACGUGGUAUCCAAGAAAGGAAUUGAAGUGAACCCAGAGAAGGUUCUGGCCGUUCAGCAGAUGGAACCUCCCAAGACUGUAAAGGAUGUGCAGCGCCUGACAGGUCGUGUAGCCGCAUUGCACAGAUUCAUAUCCAGGUCGGCGGAAAGAUGCCUGUCGUUUUUGAAAGCUCUGCGAGAGCCUAAAAACUUCCAAUGGACUAAUGAAUGUCAGCGGGCGUUUGAUGAGCUCAAACAGUAUCUGGCAUCAACACCCUUACUGUCUAAACCUGUCGAUGGGGAAUGCUUAUAUCUUUAUCUGGGGGUCAUAGAGGAAGCGGUGAGUUCAGUGCUACUGAGGGGAGAGAAUACAAUUCAGAAGCCUAUUUGCUACGUGAGCAAGGUGUUACAAGGUGCCGAGCAGAACUACCCGCUAGCAGAAAAGGCCGCCUUUGCCUUGGUAUACACAGCUCGUAAGUUGAGGGCUUACUUCCAAUCACAUCAGAUUGUUGUCUAUACUGACUUGCCAUUGAGAAAAAUACUGCAAAAACCUGAACUCUCUGGUCGGCUUAUCGGAUGGAGCGUUGAGUUGAGUGAAUAUGACCUCAAAUUUCAGCCACACACAACCAUAAAAGGCCAGGCCGUGGCGGACUUUCUGGUGGAAUGCAUCUCAGCGACUAGGGAAGAAAAAGCACCUGAACACCCAGUAUGGGUUUUGUAUGUUGAUGGAGCAGCCAACGUUGAAGGGUCGGGUGCUGGGGCUGUGCUAGUGGGCCCAGAUGGUUUUAAGUCUGAGCACGCACUGAGGUUCACGUUUCAAACGACUAAUAAUGCUGCAGAAUAUGAAGCCCUCAUUUACGGGCUGAAGCUAGUGACCGAGCUGAAGGUACUCGACGCACCGAGUUACACUGAUUUCACAGUCAAGUGUCAACUGCUAAGUACUGAUCCCUCUACACCGAGUUGGACCACCCCGCUCAUAAAUUAUUUGCGAAGUGGCGAACUACCUGAAGACCAGUCCGCUGCAAAAUUGACUAAGCGCAGGGCGGCACAUUUCACGUUGUUAGAUAACCAGCUCUACAAACGAGCAGCCUCAAUGCCCCUAUUACGCUGCCUUACUCCUUAUGAAGCUGAAUACGCAGUGAGAGAAGUUCACGAAGGAGUAUGUGGCAUGCACAUCGGUGGCAAAACUUUAGCUCGAAAGCUCUUGAGGCAUGGUUAUUACUGGCCCACUAUGGUCGAGGACGUGUUGAACUAUGUUAAAAAAUGUCCGACCUGCCAGUUUAAUGCUGAUGAUAUACACAUGCCAGGGGAAAUGCUAUCAUCUCUUACUUCUCCCUGGCCCUUUGCUCAGUGGGGUGUCGACCUGCUCGGUCCUUUCAUCAAAGGCAAAGGAGGCUGCACUUUCCUGGUCGUUGCAGUGGAUUACUUCACUAAAUGGAUAGAAGCUAAACCAUUAUCCACGACAACAGAAAGGAAAAUAGAAGAAUUCUUGUUCAAUUCAAUAUUGUGCAGGUUCGGCAUACCUAAGCGGAUCAUCGCCGAUAAUGGGCCACAGUUCCAAGCAGCAGCACUAAGAUCGUUCUGCAACGACUAUGGCAUUGAACUUUCCUUGACGUCUGUUUAUACCCCCCAGUCAAACGGACAGGCCGAGUCUGCCAAUAAGAUCGUCUUGCGAGGCCUCAAGGCGCGCGUUAUAGCUGCGCGUUCUAAUUGGGUUGACGAGCUCAAUAAAGUACUUUGGUCUUGUCGCACGACACCCAGCUCGGCCACAGGCGAAACCCCAUUCAGCCUGGCAUAUGGAGUUGAGGCCGUUAUCCCAGUCGAAGUUGUGUUGCCCUCGGAUAGAGCAGGUCGGCACGACGAUGGUAGUAAUGAGCAACUAUUAAGGGAGAACUUGGACCUCGUGGAAGAGGUCAGGGAGAUGUCUCGAAUGAGAAACAUGGUGCACCAGAGUCAGGUGGCAAAAUUUUAUAAUAAGAGAGUUCGAGCUUGCCAGUUUCAGGUCGGUGAUCUGGUCCUACGCAAAGCAGGACUAACCAAUGCUCAUUCGCACAUGGGCAAGCUCGCUCCUAAUUGGGAAGGUCCUUAUAUAGUUAUUCGUGUUAAACGACCUGGGUGUUACUAAUUAGCAGAUGUACAAGGUCAUCCAAUACCAUUCAUUUGGAACAUACAUAACCUUAGAAAGUUUUAUAGUUAGCAUGUAUGUCAAUAGUGUUCAGGUUGUUAUGGAUCAUUUGUAGAUGAUGAUUUACAGAAAAUUCAAUACAGAAAGUUCCAAAGU